AUGGAUAUAUUGAAGUCCCUUCAUCCCAAAAGGCUGUCAUUUUCUGGUAAAAGAUCCAAGGAUGUUGAUGACCUCCCUCUGAACGAGAAGCCAUUUACUUCUCUUAACGAUGAAGUUUCCUCACCUUCAAAUGCAUAUGAAGAAAAGGAGCCUAAUAUGCUGAAGUCGAAACACUCAAUACUGAAAUUUCGUUCUUCGGUUACACUUAGCGACCCUGAUCUGCCGUCGAAAUUCAAAGAAUUGUUUGAAAAGGACUCUUCUGAAAUUCUCAUCAAACGCUACAAAUGUGUACACAUUUCACAUUUCAUUUCAAGUUAUGGGAAGCUCUAUGUUACCAGCAAUUUUCUCUGUUUUGUUGAGAGCAAGCUGAAAAAUCUUCAGGUAGUGAUUCGGCUUGAAGACAUAGAGAAGUAUGAGACACAUUCCUCAGGCGUUAACAUAUAUGCUUACAAUCAGAAACACACAUUCACCGACUUUAGUGGUGAAUCUGGUGUGGCCUUCAUUUCUAACUACCUCCGACUAAUCAAAAAGUCGAAUUCUGUCGGGAAUGCUGGUGUUUCAUUAAAACCGCUUUCUCGUCAGUCACCCGCUUCAGCGGAUGGAAAGGUCUGUGACUCUCCCCUACCCAUCGAGCCCCCAACCAAACCUGCUAGGUCGAAAAACAGUCUUUCUGCUCGACAAUCCGCGUCUUCAUCUCCCCCUUUGGCUUUUAAGUCCAUCACCAGUGAUGGUGGUGGCACCAGCGGCCUAUCGACCAUUUCCGAUGUGGCUUACAAGGCCUCGUGCAUUCCCCUUCUUCUCCUCACUAGAAUAAUCAGUUUCGCCGUUUCCAUGGCGACCAGCUCGCUACAGGCUGCUCCCUUUGGCUUUCAACCGCCCCGGGCUUUUACCAGUUUGGCAUUUCUCGCUGUCUCUGUGGUUUACCUCUACUACCGUCUUGAUCGCAUUCCUCUGAACAAUUCAGUGGGACUUAUAAAUGCACACGACUACUCCAACAUUAACGGACCCAGAGGGGGUGAAGACGAAGGGGACUGUAGAAACGAGUUCCAAAAACUGGUUGCCUCUCUGCAGUCCCUUUCGCAGACACUCCAGCGGUUGGAGGCAAAAUUAACGUCCGGUUGA